UCUAACGAACCUUACCGCGAAUUAGAACUAAGCGGUUCUGAAUUGAACGUUAAUUCAGGAAGUACCUCAAGAUGUAGCAGAAAUUUCGGAAACAAUGUUGAUUGUUCGAUGGAACUUUCUUCCGUAGUAGUAAUUCCAGAUGGGUAAUCUGCUUAAACUUAUCUAAAAAAAAAAGGAAUGGGUAUUUGUAAGUUAUGUAAAUAUUUUAUUAUGCAUGGAAAUAUAUCGUUGGUAUCGAUGGGAUUGCUUCGAUUAAUAAUUGUUACAUAUACAAAUAUUUCUCUGCAAGAUACUAAUGAAAAACACUCUGCAAAAUACUUACAUCUUAUCUGGAUACAUUUACGGUAAUCCAAGCUAUAAAUGCGCUAGGAUUUGGCAAAUUUCAAGUUAAGCUAUCCCUGUUUACGGGUCUUUGUUGGAUGGUAGACAGUAUGGAAAUAACGAUAUUAAGUAUUUUAAGUCCAUCAUUGCAUUGCGACUGGGGUAUAACUAGAUAUCAACAAGCUUUAGCAACUACGGUUGUUUUUCUAGGUAUGAUGCUAAGUUCUACAUUCUGGAGUAAUUUAAGUGACAGAUAUGGUAGUAAGCAAUCCUUAACUUUGUGCGCUGUAUUGUUGCUUUAUUAUGCAUUCUUGAGUGCCUUUGCACCAAAUUUCUUGUGGAUUUUGCUGCUUAGAGGACUAGUUGGCUUUGCUAUUGGUUGCGUACCGCAAUCAGUCACUUUAUACGCAGAAUUUCUUCCAGCAAAGCAAAGAGCAAAAUGCGUCAUUCUAUUAGACUGUUUUUGGGCACUCGGUGCUUGUUUCGAAGUGGCGAUAGCAUUGGUAGUAAUGCCAAACUUUGGAUGGAGAUGGCUUCUUAUCCUAUCGACGAUACCGCUUCUUGUAUUCGCUAUAAUUACACCAUGGUUACCAGAGUCUACAAUAUUUGACAUGACUAGUGGAAGAAUGGAUAGAGCCGUCUCCACAUUAGAACGAGUAGCAAGAGAGAAUAAGAAACCUUUACCGCCAGGAAGAUUAGUCAUGGAUCGUUUUUAUCCAGUAAAUCAUGGUAAAUUAAAGGAUGUGCUAAGUAAAGAAAUGUGUAGGACGUCUACUUUGCUUUGGCUUGUAUGGAUGAGCACAGCAUUUUGUUACUAUGGUGUAGUACUAAUGACGACGGAACUGUUUCACACAUCGUCGGAACAGUGUAGCUCCUGGAAAAAUAAAAAAGAAGAUAUUUGCCAAUUGGAUUGUCGUUUGGAACGUAGCGACUACAUCGACCUUCUUUGGACGACGUUAGCCGAGUUUCCGGGAAUUUUUUCUACUAUUUUUGCAAUCGAGAAGAUCGGCAGGAGGAAAACUAUGGCUUUUCAACUUGUAAUGUUCGCCAUGCUCAUUUUCUUCUUAGGCAGAGCUUGUUUAUUGAGCAGAGUAGCAUUGACGCUCGCGAUCUUUCUAGCCAGAGGCCUGAUUGCUGGUGUAUUCCAAGCAGCUUACGUGUAUACUCCAGAAGUGUACCCUACGCAUUUGCGUAGUAUCGGAGUUAGUACAUGCAGUGCUAUGGCUAGAAUCGGUGCAAUGGUCACACCGUAUAUAGCUCAAGUAUUUCUUCAGUGGUCUAUAACUGGAGCAAUGGCGAUAUACGCUAUAACAGCAUUAUGUGCUGCUGCGGCUACUCUUGCUUUGCCCGUUGAAACAAAAAGUCAGCCACUGAACGAUUCAUCUCAAGAAACGAGAUGAACCCGUAUCAGAUUUUCUUUGCUAACAUUGCUGAAAUUGUUCAACUAGAUAUAAAAAUAUAUCUUUAGCGCACAAUUGUUGAAACAGCAAUUUUUGCGCAACGAAACAGAGCACAUUUAUAUUUAUUGAUAUUCAUUUAUUUCAGUUUUUUUACAUCUGUAUAGUUACAUGUACACAUGAUUAACGUUAUUUUUAAUAUUCGAUCAAUCUUACCUCGUAAACUGAUCGGAAGUAGAAUAUAACUAUACAUAUCACAUUAUAAGUUAUUCGACACAUGUUUACUAUUUUCUUGUAGUGUAUUAAAUAUAGACUUCAAUAGUGGAUUUUA